AGUUAAAAGUGACGAAAAGAAAAUCAAAAAAGGCCCGAUAUAUUUUGGGACGUCCCUUAUCUAAGGACAAAUGUGGUCGUCCUUAGGAGGCACGUGUCGUGUUUUUAGUGGGCGAUGGCUCUUAGGUGUGGAAACGAUGCGUUUCAUCGGUUUCGAUCAGAACUUGAUUUUUUCUUUUUUUUUGAAACCUUUUGCAGAGAGAAGGCGAUUGAGAAGGCGAUUGGUUCGGUCUCGACGGUGGUUCGUUCUCGACGGUUCUUCUCGGCGGUUCGGUGUGGACGGUUCUCCUUGGCAUCCAUCUCGACGGCUGUUCGGUGUCGACGGUUCUCUUUCUCGACGGUUCUCUUUCUCGACGGUUCUCUUUCUCGACGGUUCUCUUUCUUGAUGGUUCUCCUUGGCGUUUGAGUUGAUACGAAGGUGAAGAAGUAGUUGAGGUGAAGAUUUGGCUCUCGCAAACCCGGAUAACUACAACAAGUCAAACCAUUUCCUCCAAAGUACAAGGUAAAUCACUAGCACUUGAACUCAAAUAGUUAGAACUAGUAGGCAUAGAGGUAAUUAACUGUGAUUGAAAACGUGUAGACAUGGUUGGUUGUGAUUAGACAUGGUUGGUUGUGUAACUUUAAUGCACUUGAACAAGUUGGUUGUUUAAAUGUUUAGUAACUGUAUAUCAUAGUUAGUUUUCUUUGCUACUUUGAGAUGAUAAUCUAGUUAGUUUGCAACCAAAAACUGUCUUCUUUGAUAUACUGAGAUGAUAAUCUAGUUACUUUGCAAUAACGUUUAGGAGGAGAUGUGUAAUAACUCUGAUAUGACUUUGGUAGUUUAUGGUUAGGCUUUAUUAUCGUUCCUAUUAAUAAACACCAACCUAUCCUUCAAUCUCCAUCAUCUUCUUCCUCUCUUCUCUGCCUAAACCUUUCUCUUCUAUAAUCUCUUCUCUCUUCUUACUGCAAUGGGUUCAAGUAAUCCAUAUAGCCUGUCUUCUGGCUAUGUAGGUCUCCUGAGCAGUCAACACGAUAGUGUUGGCAAUGGGAACUUCGGUUAUGAUAGUUUUCAUUCCCAAUCGUCGGAAAUCCCUCUCUUCAGUUCACAGUCUGACGCUCCAACUCCAGUUGAAGACACACCACCGCAGCGUGGAAAGAGACAGAAGUGGACACCAGCUGAUGAUGAGGUGCUAAUCAGUGCCUGGCUCAACACAUCCAAGGAUGCCAUUGUCGGCAAUGAACAAAAGUUACAGACCUUCUGGAAAAGAGUUGCUGAAUACUUCGAAGCAAGUCCUCAUGUUACAAAUGGUGGUCCAAAGAGGCUGCAUAAACAUUUGAAGCAGCGAUGGCAUAAAAUAAAUGAGUUAACCCAGAGAUUCUGUGGUGCCUAUGCAGCUGCAGAGAGGCAGAACCGCAGUGGUCAAAACGAGAAUGAUGUUCUCAAGGCCGCUCACGACAUCUACCACUCUGAUCACAACAUAAAAUUCAACCUCGAGCAUGCAUGGUGUGUGUUGAGGUAUGACCAGAAAUGGCUUAACCUCAACCCUCCUCCUAAGGCUGCUGGGAGUUCAAAGAGAAAGGAUGGUGUUGAUGGUGUCGAAGGUUCUGAAGCUUCUGUGUUUGUUGGUGAUAAUGAGCCCCGCCCUGAAGGUGUCAAAGCUGCAAAAGCAAGAAGGAAUUCGAAGCAAGGGAGGAGUGUUGAGGAUUAUAAGAGCAUUUGGGAAAUAAAGAAGGAAGAUUUCGCUGAGAAGGAGAAGUUGUCUAAGCUAGCCAUACUAGACACUCUUCUUGCAAAAAAAGAUCAACUCACCGAGGCUGAGGAAAUUGUGAAGGAUAAGAUAGUGGCCCAGUAUUUCUAA